CGUGUAUGGAGUUGCCGUGACCUAAUUAUGAAGACUAUCAUAGUUGAGUUUAGUCUCAAUGAAUCUGUUUGAGGGGACUACUUCAGCGUGGCGUUAAUGGCAUGGAUAUAGCCGUAGUUAUUACUAUAUGAUUCUCUUUAAUUUAUUAAAACAGUGUGAAAUGUUAAGAUACUAAGUAACACAAUCAACUCAUUGCCAAACCAUGACUUCCAUAAUCGAUGCGCUUAGAGGUGGCUUACCGCCACCCCUGGACCAUGGAUACUCCUACUCCUUAGCGAUCAUAGCAUCUGUUAUAUUGCUCCUUUAUGUCCUUGCUCUAGCCUUCUACCGGCUAUAUUUGAGUCCACUGGCCAAAUAUCCAGGGCCAAGGCUCGUAGCCCUCACCCAGUGGUAUGAGACAUACCAUGAUGUUUUCAAGCAAGGCGGUGGCCGGUUUAUAUUUGAAAUUGCACGAAUGCAUGAAAAAUAUGGCCCUAUCGUUCGGAUCAACCCCUUUGAACUACACAUUGACGACCCUACCUAUUAUGAUGUCCUCUACACGAACCAUCCGCAAUACGACAAGUUACCAUUUUUGACCAAUACGUUUGACAAACCCCUCACAUCAUUUGCGACAAACAACUCAGUGAAACACCGUCAACGCCGUUCUGCCUUUGCCCCCUUCUUCAGUCGCGCCAAAAUCCGAGAACGAGAUGAUCUUAUCAAGAGUGUUAUGAAUCGAAUUUCACAUCGUUUGUCGACCGAAUACGCCGGUACGGGGAAGGUUUUCAAUAUUUUGCACGUGUGGGCAUCGUUAUCCACUGAUGUUAUUAUGGAAAUAGCAUUUUGUCAGUCAACACAACAUGUCGAUUCUCCCGACUUCAAGAGCGACUUCACCGUAGCCACAGUAUUCAGCACUCACGUUAUAACUCACUUUAAAUUUAUCACGACAUUCAUUAACUUGCUCCCGAAAUGGCUUGCCAAGAUAGCUGUUCCUUCCUUGGAAACCGUCAUUAGGCUCGAAGAGGAAUUAUACCGUCAGGUAGUAGAUAUUAUCAAUGGCGGCAACAUCGAAGCGAAAGAGUCCCAACACCCGACUCUCGUCCACGAGAUCCUGUCAUCAAGAUUACCGCCAGAAGAGUUGACGCCAGAAAGACUGACGCAAGAAUCCAUUAGUGUUGGCGCAGCUGGUUUUGAGACGACCAGAUGGACAAUGGGUGUUGCUAGCUAUCAUAUCUUAGCUAACCCAAAACUCGUUGAGGAGCGCUUGAAAGCUGAACUCAUGGAUGCUAUUCCCGACCCUAAUAACAUUCCCCAUUGGAUGGAGCUCGAAAAGCUUGACUACUUGAAGGCAGUCGUUAACGAAAGUCUUCGCAUGUCCAUCGGCGCAACUGAGCGCUUGGCGCGCGUCAAUCCUUCAUCUGCUUGGAAAUACCGCGACUACGUAAUCCCAUCCGGAAUACCGGUUAGCAUGGACAACUACCACAUGCUUCGGAACCCGGUGCUGUUUCCCGACCCCGAUGUCUUCCUGCCUGACCGCUGGCUCGGCAAUCCAAUGAUAGACCCCGCACAACUCGAGGCGGUGGGUUACUUACCACCAUUAGAUGGUAAACCGAAGCCAUUAUUGCACUACAUGGUGGCCUUUGGUCGCGGUAGCCGUAUGUGCCCUGGGAUGGAAUUGGCUUAUGCAGAGAUCUAUAUCGGAUUGGCUACGCUCUUCCGACGUCACGAACUUGAACUAUUUGAGACGACCCACCGCGAUGUCGAUUUCGCGAGAGACUUGGUAACUGCACACCCCGAGUGGGGAUCGAAAGGGAUUCGUGUCGUGGUGAAGAAGUAAAUCUUGACAUAACACUGUCGUUCUUUUGAUUAUGGGCAGACCUGAACCAUGCAUAUUCGACGAAAUGCUUCACCCGUAGGAUAAAAAAAGGAGAGACGGGGUUAACUUACGCAAAGAGUUAUAUCCAUUCUUUUUGCUUACUUAAUCUAGGGUUGGUCUGGAUUCGAGAUGACUGAACU